AUGUCGGCGGAUCUGUUCGCCGAGUUCAAUGACCUCUCGUCCAACUCAGCGCCCACGUCAGAAUCCACUCCACGUCAACCGUCAAACUUGCCCUCGACUCAGGCGCAGACUCCAGGGUUGUCUCAGCAUGUCCUCGCUCUCGGGCAGGGCAGAAGUAAUGCCCAGUCAAUCUCACAGCCAUUCUCCAACUGGGGAGUCUCCCAAUCUCGGCCCAGCGAGGCGGGCACCUGGACUGCCUUCUCGCAGCCGGCUCAGCCUCCAGAUUAUGCCGCGGCUGAUGACGAAGAUGGAUGGGGAGAUUUCGAGGUAGCAGACUCGGCACCAUCGCUGACUGUCUCGCAGCCUCCCGAGCACAAGCUUCAGCAGUUGGCGCCUUCUCGAGUCGUCUCCGGCGCCGCGACAGCCAAUCCCGGAUCCCAGAGUCGCCUCUUCCACGUUGAACAACAGCAACCUCCUGCGUCGAAAUCGCCUAUCGCCUCGUGGUCGCAUCCCCAGAGGAAUCCAAAGAUUCACUUUCAAGCAGGACCAAGUGACGCAAGCGUGCUCUUUGAUGCCGACGAUUUUGAGCUCUCGGGAGCAGAGGCGGAAGGCGAUGACGACGAGUUUGAAGACAACCCACAACCAUUUGCUCAUGAGGGCACAGAGAGUUUGGAUAAAUCUCUGGGAGCAUUGAGCUUUGGAGUGUCGCCAUUAAGUCACACGCGACCUUCUCAACCCGCCUCGGCUCAAAACCGAGACUUGUUUUCAAACCUCUCGGACAAAGCGUCAGAGAAGAGCAGCUCCAAUGCAAAAGACAAAAGCAGUCAGUCGGCCAUUGUCGGAACCUCGGUCGCGGCAACGGACCGAGGACAACCCCCCAACGACGGAGAUGAUGAGUGGGGAGCGUGGGAUGACCUUUCCACUGCCGACACACUCACCAAGCCAGCGACGGGUGGUCCACAGCCGCCAGACAACUGGGAUUGGGACGUCGUGGACAGCGGCAAGCCCACCGCGACGGAGCCGAGCAACGACGGCCCCCCUCCGAUCAACGUGCCACCACCCUCGGUGAUUCUAUCUGCGUUUCCCGAUCUCUUCAACUCAGGAAACUCCCUCUUCAAGCCCAUUGCGGGCCAGAAUAACUCUGUAAAACAGCAUGUUCUCUCGGACCCCAAGGCCGUUCAGUUUCUACAAGGCUACACUCUCCUAGGGGCCACGGCAGCAAGGAUCAUUGCCGGUCGGAAGCACAGAUGGCACCGCGACAAAAUGCUAUCCAAGAGCAUGUCGAUAUCCGCCGCAGGCAGCAAGGGCAUGAAACUGGCCGGAGUGGACAAGACGCAGUCUGCCCGUGAGGACCGCGAAUCCGCCGACGUGGUUGCGGCCUGGCGAGAACACGUCGGGCGGCUGCGAGCGGCUAUCGCCACGGCAAACGCUAGCGGCAAGGCAAACCUCAGAGUUCCCGAGCUGAGCGAGAACAUGCCGAUUCAGACUGCCAAGAUGGUGCCAACGGCUCGUGGGCCCUGCUUAAUAUGUGGCCUGAAGAGAGAGGAGAGGGUCGCGAGGGUUGACUUGAAUGUCGAAGAUAGCUUUGGGGAGUGGUGGGUAGAACACUGGGGCCACAGGGCAUGCAAGAACUUCUGGCUCGAGCAUGAGCAGCGGUUGCGCCAGAGGUGA